AUGGCCACCGAUCAGCUCUUCAUCACACGAACACUGGUCGCCUUUGUCGCCACAAGCUUCUUUGCAAUCCUAUGCAGGUCGCCACAAGCACGAGGCAUGAACUACACGUUCGUUAAGGACGCGGCGCGGGCGCCGGAGGUGUCGUACUACGAUUACAUCAUCGUGGGCGGCGGCACGGCCGGGUGCCCGCUCGCCGCGACGCUGUCGGAGCACUUUCGCGUGCUCCUGCUGGAGCGCGGUGGAUCCCCGUACGACGAUGAGCGCAUCGGGAACAUGACCCGCUUCUCGGACACGCUGUCGGACACCUCCGCGGGAUCGCCCGCGCAGCGGUUCGUGUCCGAGGACGGCGUGAUCAACUCUAGGCCGCGGGUGCUGGGCGGCGGCAGCUGCAUCAACGCCGGGUUCUACACGCGUGCCAGCGACGAGUACGUGCGGGGCGUCGGGUGGGACCUGGAGGCGACCACGGCGGCGUACCGGUGGGUGGAGGACGUUGUGGCGUUCCAGCCGGAGGUGGGCCCCUGGCAGGCCGCGCUGCAGAGGGGGCUGCUCGAGUCCGGGAUCGCACCGGACAACGGCUUCACGUUCGACCACGUCGACGGGACCAAGGUCGGCGGUUCGAUAUUUGACGCCGACGGGCGGCGGCACACGGCCGCGGACCUGCUGCGGUACGCGCGCGCCGACAGGCUUGACGUGCUGCUCCGGGCCAGAGUGGCCAAGAUCUUGUUCAAUGUCAGAGGGAGCCGGCCGGUGGCGCACGGGGUGGUGUUCCACGACUCCGAGGGGCAGAUGCACAAGGCGUACCUCAACGCGGGCCAAGGCAACGAGAUCCUCCUCUCGGCGGGCGCCAUGGGCAGCCCGCAGCUGCUGAUGCUCAGCGGCGUCGGCCCAGCCGACCACCUCAACAAGUUCGGCAUCACCCUCGUGCACAACCAGUCCGCGGUCGGUCAGGGCAUGUACGACAACCCCAUGAACGCCGUCUAUGUGCCGUCGCCUACCCCGGUCGAGGUGUCGCUCAUCCAGGUCGUCGGCAUCACCGAGGUCGGGAGUUACAUUGAGGGCGCCAGCGGCUCCAACUGGGGCAUCCGGCAGUCGGGUUCUGGCGGCGGCCAACGGCCCCACAACUUCGGCAUGUUCUCCCCACAGACGGGGCAGCUAGCCACGGUGCCCCCGAAGCAGCGCACGCCGGAGGCCAUAGCGCGCGCAGCGGAGGCGAUGAGCCAGCUCAACGACACGUCCUUCCGCGGCGGCUUCAUCCUGGAGAAGAUCCUCGGCCCGCUGUCCACGGGCCACCUGGAGCUGCGCAACCGCGACCCCGACGACAACCCGGCGGUGACGUUCAACUACUUCUCGCAUCCCGAGGACCUCCGCCGCUGCGUGGCCGGCUUGUCGGUCAUCGAGCGCGUCAUCCAGUCCGAGGCCUUCGAGAACUUCACGUACCCCUACUUCUCCGUCGAGGCGCUGCUCAACAUGACGGCCGAGUUCCCGGUCAACCUGCUGCCCCGGCACGACAACGACUCCAAGUCGCUGGAGCAGUUCUGCAAGGACACCGUCAUGACCAUCUGGCACUACCACGGCGGCUGCCAGGUCGGCAAGGUCGUCGACACCGAGUACCGAGUGCUUGGCGUCGACGCGUUGCGCGUCAUCGACGGCUCCACGUUCAAUGCCUCGCCGGGAACCAACCCCCAGGCCACCGUCAUGAUGCUCGGCAGGUAUAUGGGAUUCAAAAUCCAAAACGAAAGGUUGAAAGCUGGAGCUACAGGGGGCAGAAAACUGUAAUUCAUCCAUACAAGUUACCGGGCACAUUUUAGUAUCUAUAUUGCAGUAUGUAAUACUUGAUUCAAUAUUCAUAGUGUGAUUCUGAUAAGUUGCACAUAUUGUCGGAAGUGUAUCAUGGGUGUUAUUACUAUUUGCUACUAUGUGUAUG